CUGCGGGACACUUCCUUUUCUGACGCAAGUACCCGGUACUGCUGCACGCGUUUUCCUUGUUCCCUUCCUCAGCAAAACUGGAUUUUAUAACUCAUCAGCGUAAACAAACACAAGAUUGUUUUUACAAAACAUAGAUUGAGCGUUUGCAGCAACAAUGUCUCGUUUUUUUGCCACCGGGUCUGACAGCGAGUCUGAGGAGUCCUCAUCAGCUGAUGAGAUCACUCCUAAAGCACCCGGAGGAACCUUUAAGCAGUCGUUGCUUCUUAGUGAUGAUGAAGAGGACACAAAAAGAGUGGUGCGCAGCGCCAAAGAUAAAAGGUUUGAGGAGUUGACCAACUUCAUAAAGACUAUUCGAAAUGCUAUGAAGAUCCGCGACAUGUCCAAGUGUCUGGAGGAGUUUGAGCAGCUAUGUCGAGCUUUCCUAAAAAGCAAGAACAUAGUGGACAAAGAGGGUGUCCCUUCUUUUUACAUCCGUCUUCUGGCUGACUUGGAGGACUAUCUGAAUCAGCUUUGGGAAGACAAGGAGGGCAAAAAGAAGAUGAACAAAAACAACGCUAAAGCCCUGAGCACACUGCGCCAAAAGAUCCGCAAGUACAACAGAGACUUUGAAACAGAAAUAACGUCGUACAAAGAGAACCCACAAGAAUCUGCAGAUGAAGAGGAGGAGAAAGAGGAAGACGAUUCUGGCUCUUCCUCUGAAAGCGAUGAUGAGGAAGGUGAUGGAGUGUCAGCCAAGGCCUUUUUAAAGAAAAAACCUGAAGGCGUUUCAGAAGCCAGCAAGUUCCUGAAGAAGGGAUCUGGAGAUGAGUCGACUUCUAGUGAGGAUGAUGACGAUGAGGAGGAUUGGGGCCCAGACUCUGAAGAGAGUGGCAGUGAGAGUUCAGAUGAUGAAGAAGGGAAGAGCAAGUCUCUGGCCACUGUUUUCCUCAAGAAGGACAAAGGUCUCGACAGACCCAGCAUUAAAAAGCUUGAGAAGAAAAAGCUGAAAAAAAAGGAGCGGCUUGGGGAGUUUCAAGAGGGGGAGGGAGAAGACGAUGAAGAACGCUGGGAGAAGGUUAAGAGAGGCGUCCCUCUGGUUAAGGAGAAACCCAAAAUGUUUGCUAAAGGCACAGAGAUCAACACAGCUGUGGUGGUGAAGAAACUAAACGAAAUCCUGCAGGCAAGAGGCAAAAAGGGGACAGACAGAGCUGCCCAGAUUGAUCUGCUUCAUGCUCUUGCAAACAUUUCUGCUGAGAAUGACUUGGGUCAGGGUAUCCUGGUUAAGAUCAAGUUCAACAUCAUUGCCUCUCUGUAUGACUACAACCCCAACCUGGCCGCCUUCAUGAAGCCUGACAUGUGGAAGAAGUGCCUCGAAUGUAUCGACGAGCUGCUGGACAUUCUGUUUGGGAACAAUAACAUCUUCAUCGGGGAGAACAUUGCAGAGGACAGCGAGCAUCUAGCAGUCUCUGACCAGCAACCUUUCAGGGUGCGCGGCUGCGUCUUAACACUGGUGGAGAGGAUGGAUGAAGAGUUCACCAAGAUCAUGCAAAACACCGAUCCUCAUUCACAAGAGUAUGUGGACAAUCUUAAAGACGAGGGACGAGUUUGUGGCAUCAUUGACCGGCUGCUCACCUACUUGGAGAACAAAGGCAGCACAGAGGAGGUUUGCCGCGUCUACCUGCGCCGAAUCAUGCACACCUACUACAAGUUUGACUACAAAGCUCACAGGCGCAGCUUGGGCCUGCAGGGAGAGACCAAGUCCGAGCAGGACCAGGAGGAAAGCGAAGGGGAGGACAGCGCUGUGAUCAUGGACCGUCUCUGCAAGUUUAUAUACGCCAAGGAUCGCACCGAUCGUAUCCGUACCUGCGCCAUCCUCUGCCACAUUUACCACCAUGCUCUCCAUUCACGCUGGUACCAGGCCCGCGACCUGAUGCUCAUGAGCCACCUGCAGGACAACAUCCAGCACGCUGACCCACCCGUACAGAUCCUGUACAACAGAACCAUGGUCCAGCUUGGCAUUUGCGCUUUUCGACAAGGCAUGAUUAAAGACGCCCAUAACGCGCUGUUGGACAUCCAGUCAUCGGGCCGUGCCAAGGAGCUGCUGGGUCAGGGUCUGCUGAUGAGGAACAUGCAGGAGAGGAAUGCUGAGCAGGAGAAGAUUGAGAAGAGAAGACAAGUUCCGUUCCACAUGCACAUCAACUUGGAGUUGCUGGAGUGUGUGUACCUGGUCUCUGCCAUGCUGUUGGAAAUCCCCUACAUGGCUGCCCACGAGUUUGACGCCCGCCGCAGGAUGAUCAGCAAGCAGUUCCAUCACCAGCUCAGAGUGGGAGAGAGACAGCCGCUGCUCGGGCCCCCAGAGAGCAUGAGGGAGCACGUUGUAGCAGCCAGCAAGGCCAUGAAGAUGGGAGACUGGCGUACCUGCCACUCCUUCAUCAUCAACGAGAAGAUGAACAGUAAAGUGUGGGACUUGUUCCCUGAGACGCAGAGAGUUCGUGAGAUGCUCGUCAGGAAAAUUCAAGAGGAAUCCCUGAGGACUUAUCUGUUCACGUACAGCAGUGUUUACGACUCCAUCAGCAUGCAGACCCUGUCUGAGAUGUUUCAGCUGGAAAUCGCUACAGUUCACAGCAUCAUCAGCAAGAUGAUCAUUAAUGAGGAACUCAUGGCGUCUCUUGACCAGCCCACACAGACGGUGGUGAUGCACCGCACGGAGCCCACCUCCCUGCAGAAUAUGGCUCUGCAGCUAGCAGAGAAACUGGGCAGCCUGGUGGAGAACAACGAGCGCAUCUUCGACCUCAAACAGGGCGUCUAUGGAGGCUACUUCAACAGAGAUCAGAAAGGUGGCUAUCAGCAGAAGCAGGGAUACCAGAGAGAUCAGAAAGGUUACCAGCAGAAGCAAGGUGGCUACCAAGGUGGCUACCAGGGAGGCUACCAGGGAGGCUACCAGGGAGGCUACCAGGGUGGCUAUCAAGGGGGCUAUCAAGGGGGCUAUCAAGGGGGCUACCAGCGAGGUGGCUACAGGAAUCAAAACCAAGGCGGCUACUGAGUUUGGAAUGUGUGGAUUUCAGUUUUUCACCAAGAGAUGUGUUCAUUCCAUGACCCAACCUGAGCUCAGCCACCUCCUGUCAGAACUUUUUCCAUCUGAUCCUGAAUCUGCUGAAAGCUACAGCAGCUGCGUAGUUUUAAAAAGUCCAAGAUUGUCAACUUCUUGUGGCAGAACAUGAAGAUUUUCAUCAUUUAUAAAAGAAAGUCAAGCUGUUGCAGUGUGGUUAGCUGGUUUGUGGUAUUGCAGUCAGCAACUUAACAUGUCAGCUUAAUAUUGAUUUAAAGAAAUAAACAGUAAUAAACUUU